GACCCUCUCCUCUGGGGCCAAGGAUUACUGCAAGUGUGGGGAGAGCCACCAGUCACUACAGGAGUUCAUGGAGAAGCUGAAGAGCCGCUUUCUGCAGGCCGUGGAGGAGAAGGCGGCCCUGCAGGAGCGAGUAGACGCACUAGAGGAUCGCUGCCUCCAGCUCGCUGCAGAAACAGAGACCAUCGGAGAUUUCAUUGUCCUAUAUCAGAGACAGAGGGCGAUGCUCAAAGAGCGAUACAAGGAGAAAGAUGAAUACAUCCACCAGCUACUUCAGGAAAAGGAGAAUCUGAAGGUGAAGCUGCUAGAGCUACAGCGUCUAGUGUCACAGCUUACGGGCAAAGAGAGUGAGGACCCAACAACAUUCCUGGCCACCACUCAGAGCCCUGCAGAAUUUGUUCCAGGACUGCCUGCAUCGCAGGGGUUCAGGACUGCUGACCAGCUGGGUGACUGUCGGAAGGUCAGCCUCGCUGACAGUGUUCAGUCUGGACAAGGAAAAGCUGGGAUGGGAUCUCCUGCUGUGAACCGCACCACUCGGCCGAUCACACAGCAGAAGUGGAAGAUCCAGAACACGCAGGAG